AUGAAUUAUGUCUUUUACUUUACUCAACACAUUGUUCAUUACAUCCUAUUUUAUCUCCCCCGACUUUUCGCUCUAACGUUGCCCACUCUUACCACCUGUAAUACACACAAUGUAGCUAAAGGACCAAGGAUUUUCGAGAAGGCGAAUCCCGGCGUCAAAACCACUGUUACUGAACUGCAUGAGUACGGUAAAUACUUGACCUCAGUCCUCCCCAAAUACAUUCAGCAGUUCUCUGUCUACAAGGAUGAGCUUACUAUCUAUGUCGCUCCCAAUGCACUCUUGCCUGUCAUGGAGUUUUUGCGCGAUCACACCAAUUCUCAAUUCAAACAGGUUAUGGACGUCUGUGGUGUUGAUUAUCCUUCACGUCCUAACCGAUUCGAGGUCGUUUACAACUGCCUUUCAAUCCGAUAUAACUCUCGCAUUCGCGUGAAGACUUACGCCAACGAGGUCUCGCCUGUCCCCUCGCUGACUGGAUUGUUCAACGGCGUCAACUGGUUUGAGCGUGAGGCUUGGGACAUGUACGGAAUCUUUUUCACUGGACACCCUGAUCUUAGACGUAUCUUGACCGACUAUGGAUUUGAAGGUCAUCCUCUCAGGAAAGAUUUCCCUCUGACCGGCUAUGUCGAGGUCAGAUAUGAUGACGAAAAGAAGCGUGUUAUCGUUGAGCCCGUGGAGUUGGCACAGGCUUUCCGUAACUUUGAGGGCGCUGCUUCUCCUUGGGAGCAAGUCGGACCUGGUCGUGAUGACAAGCCUGCUCUUCCUGAACCCGAAACUCCUAAGGCUUAA